AUGGAUGAGCUGGGUGGAGGCGGCGGGAAGAAGGGCAAGGCAUGGCCCUGGUGGCUUGGAGCGAGUGCGGCCCAGAUCACCGGCGCGCUGGUUUGGUUCCGGCGAGGCAAGGGCGGCAGCGACAUGACGAUGCCGUUCAGGGCGUUCGCCGUCGCCUCGCUCUUCGUCGGCGCCGGCGCCACGACCGUCACCGCCGGAGUGUCCGCGGCGGGCGUCGGAUCGGUGGAGGAGAUGAAGGGCUUGGGCGCGAGGAUCCGGAAGUGGAGCAGAGUUCCUCCUCGCCGGGUGGAGGGAGGCGAGUAG